AAAUAAAGGUAAAAUAAAUAUUUGGUAAGCCAAAUGAGGUAACAUAUAUUGCAUUUUAGGUGUUUUACCCAGAAAUACCAUGUCAAAAAUAGGAUUAAGAUUACAUUUAUUUUAUUACUGCUCCGAUGCUUUUAGGACAACCUUCCAUAUAGUAGAAAAUUAUGCAUUGCCUGUUUUCCUUGCAGGUGUAAUUGAAUGAAGCGCCGCCUACCAAUGUCCAUUUUGUUCAUGGUAAAUGUCUAUUGCAUGCUCAAAUGUGUAUACCAGGUGGGUAAGUCAUGUGCAACGUAUUGCUUUACUGGUAGUUUGUGCUCCAUGAGGUCUGUUUGUGGUCAUCACUAGGCAACGAGAGUGUUCAGUUUACAGUACCUGCACGGCAAAGGUGUGUCUGUAAGAGGACACGGUGCUUAACCAGCAAACUAUUCUAGGAUCACCUGGGGCAGAUUCCUUCUCCACCAAAAUAUUUAUGGUACAUUAUUUAACACCAGGAUUACUACAGGUUGGCACUUUUUCAGUAAAAGAUAUUGAUCAUCUUUAGAGCUUUUUAUGCCUGUUUCUGUAGACAGAAUGGCCUUAGCAAGUGGACACUGGGUUGCCAAGGAAACGAAAGGUAAACCGCCAAGCCCCAGGUAAGUGUGUGUGUGUGUGCUUCUCUCAUUGACCGCUCAGCUUUUCCCCGUCAUCACCUCAGGCACAGCCAUGCGCUAGCUAUGGCUGGGAAUAUAGCUUUCCUGUUUGGAGGGGUGUCCACCAUAUCCCAUGAGGAGGAGCAGCCAGUAUAUUUGAAUGACUUCUACAUGCUCACAGUUUCAGCCACUCACAUCACAUGGGAGGUGAUGCCACAGAAUGGGGUUGUACCCUCAGCAAGAGAAGGACACACACUUUGUGUGGUUAAAGGCAAGCUCUACCUGUUUGGAGGAGUGGCCAGUCCGCAGGCUGGAGAAUGUCUUCCUGGAGUCUACUGCUUUGACAUAGUGUCAUUGACGUGGGAGCGGCUUGCCACAGGCGGUGUGUCUCUUAGAACCAUCAGACACAGUUCCGUCUCCGUGGGAGACAACAUUUAUGUCUACGGUGGGCUCCUAGACGGUGUCCCCACUGAUGACCUCAUGGUGUUCAACACAGUCUCUCUGAACUGGACCCCAGUCAAGACCACUGGCACUCUGCCAUCUGCAAGAUACAACCACACGUUUGCUGUAGUCAGUGAGCAGGUGUUCAUGUUUGGGGGAUGUGCUGAGGAUGGCUGCUACUACAAAGACAUUCAUGUUCUCAACACGGAAACCCUGGUGUGGCAGAGGUAUGGUGUGAAGGGGGAGUCGCCCCUGGCCUGUGCAGGUCAGACCCUCACAGCACAUCAUGACAAGGAUAUUUACUUGUUUGGUGGAAAAUGCACCAGUCAGGAUGGAACAGUCACAUCAACCAAUGAAAUUCAUAAAUUAAGCAUUGCUAAGAUGAAAUGGAAGGUGCCUCUCUAUGUGGGGAUUCCUCCGGCCCGCCGUCAUGACCAUACAGCCUUCAUCCUUCACAGCCAUAUAUAUGUAUUUGGUGGCAAAAAUGAAGAACAAGAAUUCAAUGACCUGAAGAUGAUGAAAUUGAUUAACCCAUCCGAAAGACAGCCAGUGAUGAAGGAGAUUCUAUCUGAGUUUGGGCUUCAGGGAGUCAGCCAUGGCUUCGCGCCGACAAAGGUCCCCAAUGUCAAGUAUGAGCUGAGUGAGUCUCCAUCUCUGUUUUCUGUGAGGACGGAUGCAGCUGCCUUUGCACAGGUUACAGCCCAAAGAGACUUCAGUGCCGUCCGAGAUGAGGCGAUGGAUAUGAUCCAUAAAGCUUUCUCCAUGCUUGAUGGAGAGUUUCAGAAGCUUGACAGAGAAAGGUCAGAGCUUGCUCAGUCUGCAGCUGCUCUUCAGUACAAGAGAGAAUCUCACCAAGCCCACCAUCAGCAACAGGAGGAGGAACUACAAGAAAUGCUUGAGCGACACAGAGUCCAGAAUGAGACCUGGCUACGUGCACGGGCAGAGGAGAAUGACAAGGAAAGGAAGGGGCUGUGUAAACUCAGGGAGGAGAUUGUGCACGAGCAGGGUAGACUGGAAGAGGAGCAGGGAAACAUCCAGAAACGCAGCGAACAUCUCCUAUCCAUCAUGCAACAGUUUAAAGGCAUGUAAAGACACGUAACCAUGGCAACCAACUUGGACGUGCCGAGUUUGUGGGUGUGGCUUACUUUCCAAGGAUGACCAACUCAAAAGCGUCUGUAAAAAAGAAAUCUGACAUUCAUUUGUGUUUUUCCACUGGUGGGUGUGUUUGAAUAGUUAGCAUUUUGUGCAUAGCUAAGAUUAACUUUUGUUGUCUUUUGCCAGAUAGUCAUAAUAUCUUUAGCGAGACAGGGGGAUAAUGUUGACACUGUCAAAAGAAGAAACACCACUCAAGGCAUUUGUUUAAACCUCAGGAAUGGUUGCUAAAAAAUUCCUAGGACAUAUCAAAAUUGGUCAUGAUAGGUCUAAGCAAAAUGUUGUAAAGGAGAAUAAUUAACUGAGUUGUAGAUUGAUGUAGCCUAAUCAUGUUCAUAAAAAUGUUGGAUUAUUUGGCAUAUCUUGUCAAAUCUGCAUAAAACAACUUUCUGUUCCCUCAUCUUUCAAAUAAUCCUACACUGAAGGCUUACACUUUUAUGAACAUACUUUAAAAUAACUGACGGAAUGUUAUAUUCUAAAUGUGGGCAAACCAGAUAUUUUCUUAGGCAAAUCCUGUAUGUGAAUAGAUAACUCACAAAUUAAACCAAAGAAAUUAUAGAAAAAAAUGCUUUGCAUAAGAAUUGGUUGUCAAUUAAACAAUUUACUCAAAGAGCUUUCCUCUUGU